AUGAAGCAAGACGAGUACGAAUUAGUAGCCAGGAGGGAGGGCCGCUUGCCGCUCGGAGGGGCGGGGGCUCUUCCCGGCAAGGGGUCCAGGGACCGGAAAGUCCUGGGUGACUACAGCGGGGCCCUCAGCUACGGCUCCACCGCCAAGUACCUGAACAUCACGGCCCUGCUGCUCAACAUCCUCCUCGUCAUCCUCAUCGUCGUCCUGGUCGCCACCGGCACCAUCACCUUCGCGAGAUACAUCAACCAGCAGUACACGGAUCAGACCUAUUUCGGCUCCAAUUAA